CUCUUGGGGACAGCUGCUGACUUUGGAAUUGCUUUAGAGGAAGAAAAGAAAAGCUGGUCACUGCACAAACGACACAACAAUGUCCAACUGGGAUUACCUUCCCGACUACCCACUCAACUCCGACUUAGUGAAGAGAUUAAAGUCCGCCCUGGAUGCCAAAGAUGAGGAGAGAAUGAGGGAUUUAAUCUGCACUGAAGUCACUCCCGUGGAUGCCGUGAUAGAACUGGCCAAUGACGACUGGAUGAAAGACCCCUCGGCUCAGCUGCCCCCCGGCAUGCUGCUAGGAGACCUGGACCAUCUUCAGCCUCUCAUGGACCAGUUCUUCCGGGAUGCCAACGUGGUGUUUGAGAUCAAUACGGAUGAGAUGGAAUGGCAGGUGAAAUCUCCAGCCACGUUUGGACUGUCAGGCCUCUGGACCCUGGAGUACAAGCGCGAGCUCACCACGCCCCUGUGCAUCGCCGCGGCCCACGGCCACACAGCCUGCGUGCGACACCUGCUCGGCCGCGGCGCGGACCCCGACGCCAGCCCCGGCGGCCGCGGCGCCCUGCACGAAGCCUGCCUCGGGGCCCACACGGCCUGCGCCCGCCUGCUGCUGCGGCACCGCGCCGACCCCGACCUGCUCAGCGCCGAGGGCCUGGCGCCUCUGCACCUCUGCCGCUCCGCCGCCUCGCUCGGGUGCGCGCAGGCGCUGCUGGAGCACGGGGCCUCGGUGCAGCGCGCAGGCGGCACUGGCCUGGACACGCCGCUGCACGUGGCGGCGCAGCACGGCCUGGACGAGCACGCGCGCCUCUACCUGGGCCGCGGGGCACGCGUGAACGCGAGGAACAGCCGCAAGGAGACGGCCCUGAGCGCGGCCUGCGGGGCUACCCGGAGGCCCGACGAGCAGGGGCGCUGCCUGCGCCUGUGCGCGCUGCUGCUGCGGCACGGGGCGGCGGCUGACACGCGUGACGAGGACGAGCGCAGCCCUCUGCACAAGGCCUGCAGCCACGCGAGCCACGGCCUGGUGCGCCUCCUGCUGCGGCACGGCGCCGACGCGGGCGCGCUGGACUAUGGCGGGGCCUCGCCGCUGGCCCGCGUGCUGCAGACCGCCACCUGCGCGCCCCAGGCCGCCCCGCAGCGCACGGUGCAGGCGCUGCUCAACCACGGCUCGCCCACCGUGUGGCCCGACGCCUUCCCCAAGGUGCUGAAGACCUGUGCAUCGGUCCCCGCAGUCAUCGAGGUGCUUUUCAACUCCUACCCUCACCUCUGCGUGUCAGAGUCCUGGAAGGAGGUGAUUCCUGAGGAAGUAUUUCAGAUGCACAAGCCGUUCUACCAGUCCCUCUUUGCCUUGGCCCACACCCCACGCUGCCUGCAGCAUCUCUGCCGCUGUGCCCUUCGCAGACUAUUUGGCAAAAAGUGCUUUGACCUCAUCCCCCUGUUACCCUUGCCAGAGCCCCUGCAGAACUAUCUACUUUUGGAGCCAGAGGGUGUUUUGCACUGAAAAGCAGAAUGCUACAACCAUCGCUGUUGUUCUCCUCACCUCCCUUCCGUGGAGAGCAUGUGUUGAGGAGAGUGCCCUGAAGAAGAUGAUCUGAUGUGAGCUCCCUUCCCGUUGCCCUCAGUGGGAAUGGGUGAAGCACACACCUUGCCAAGCUUCAGGUUCACCUCGAAACGGAACUGUCAACAAAAGCCCUUUCUGCCUCUCAGGGUUGCCUGUGAGAAUCCAGUGAAAUCAUGACUAUCAUAGCACUUGGACUCGGAAAGAAGCUUUCAACAAAAGUUCAGCCAAAAGGUACAGUGAGUCCUCACUUAAGGUCUUUGAUAGGUUCUUGGGAACCAGCUUUAGGCGAAAUGAUGUAUAGCAAAGCCAGUUUUCCCAAGGUGAAUUGAUAUAAACAAGAGUGAAGUUCCUACAGCACAUUUCUGGUCACAAAAAGAGUGCCACAAUUCUAAAGAAAGACCAAUACAUUUCUACUAGUAAACACAGACAUCAAUGCAAGCUAUGCAUACCUUUAAGCGAGAUUAAUAACAAGUAAGAGAAUUAUUUGCCCGAUUUUUGGUGAAUCAGUAAGUGACGGUGGUUGUCCUGGGUGGGUUAGAUCAAGGAAUAAAUGUUUGCAAAAUGAACCUUGCCAGGAACACCUCCUGCCACCGGGAAGUUCAGAACAGUCACCAAUGUGACAGGCUUCUAGGCCCUGUCAUACAGCAUCACUUAUUGUCAUGCAUUUGGAUGGUUAUUUUGUGCCUUGUAAAUUUUUAUUUUAUAAUAAUUUAUGUUCAUUCAUUAAUUCUUUUUUUUUUUGAGAUGAAGCCUCACUCUGUCACCCAGGUUAGAGUGCAGUGGCGCUAACUUGGCUCACUGCAACCUCCACCUCCCCAGUUCAAGCAAUUCUCCUGCCUCAGACUCCUGAGUAGCUGGGACUACAGGUGCCCACCACCAUGCCUGGCUAAUUUUUGUAUUUUUAGUAGAGACGGGGUUUCACCAUAUUGGCCAGGAUGAUCUCGAAAUCCUGACCUUGUGAUCCACUCGCCUUGGCCUCCCAAAGUGCUGGGAUUACAGGCAUGAGCCACCGUGCCUGGCCCAUUCAUUCAUUUUCUAACCUUCUUAUUCCUGUUCAGGGUUGUGGGUGGCCAGAGCCCACCUCAGGAACUCAGUGUGCAGGGCAGGAGCCAGGCCUGGACAGGGUGCUGUUCCACUGCAGGGUGCUCACACAUCCCCACACUCACCCACCCACACACACUGGGACAAUUCAGACAUGCCAGCUCACCUCAUCUGCUCAGCUUUGGGGAUGUGGGAGGGAACCAGAGCGCCCAGAGAAAACACACACACACAGUGGCCCUGGCCAGGAAUCAAUUUUGUUUCUUAUCAGUGUUAUAAUAAAAUGACGUUAAAACAUUAUUUCAGGACCUGCAUAUACCUACUUUUCCAAUGUGUUAGCAGCCCCCAUGCUGCCACUGAGCCUUGGGACCCGCUCCUCACAGAGAGGCCUCUCACCCCGCUAGAGCCCAGCCACCUGGGAAAGCUCUGUACCCCAGAUCAUGACGGACCUGCAUGUUGAGAAAGGACACUGGAACCACAGCACGCCUACCUGCCCAGGGCCUGUUGGUGCUCCCAAGCAUGUUACAGUCCAGAGCUCCCCAGGAGGACACCAGCAGGAUGGGGAGUGAGAUGUUUCCAUCCUGUGGGAGUCUUCUGUGUGACACCCUCACCAGAAGCCACUGUUCCAGCUCCAGGAACAGUCCGGGAAGUCAGAUGCCAGGGACAGACACAGGCUGAUCAAAGGGGCCUUCAGCUCAGCCUGAGUGUCACAUGCCAAGAGAGAUGCUCUGAACCUCAAGGACUGUGUCAACCUUGUCCUGUUUACUCUAAUAUAUAUAUAUACACACACACACACACACACACACAUACAUACAUACACCAGAAUCUCACUGUGUCACCCAGGCUGGAGUGCAGUAGUACAAUCAUAGCUCACUGCAGCCUCGACUUUCUGGGCUCAAGUGAUCCUCCUGCCUCAGCCUCCCAUGUAGCUGGUACUACAGGUGCACACCACCACAGUGGGGUAAUUUUUUGUAUUUUAUAUAGACGGGAUCUCGCAUGUUGCCCAGGCUCUAAUUCCUGGCCUCAUGCAGUCCUCCUGCCUCUGCCUCCUGAGUAGCUGGGAUGGCAGGAGUGAGCCCCCUCCCCAGCUUAUUUUCUCUAUUCAGAUGCUUUGACAUCUGUGGCCUUGAUGACCCAAAAGUAACUGCCCCCACACGCACACCCAGGCCCAGCCAGUUCUUAGAGACAGGAAACAAUUCCACACAGAGCAUGCUUUUCCAAUGUCAGCCAACCAACCUGGAGCCCAGACCCACACCCCAACCACCUCUUAUAUCCAGCUCUUCCUCACAUGUCAGACCACUGUCUACCCCAGAGCAGGUGCUACACAACCUAGGACAGCCCUAUGCCCCAGAGUCUGCUGAAAUUACUCAAACUGGCCAAACUCCAGCCUUGCCCUCCUUUGCCCAUUGCUCCCCUGCCUCCUGAGAGACCCUGGAGCUUCCCCGUGGACUGCCCCCAUGUCAUGGCAUGCAUGCCCUCUCCUCUCAGGAUCAGUGAGCAAUAAAACACCUUUUCAACAGCAAUCAUCUCCUGAUCGGUUGGCCCUACAAGCCAUCAAAUUCUCUAUGAAUAACUGUAUUUUAAAGCAAACACUUUACAUGGUCAUCCUCCAGGGACAAGCAGCGACUCUUUUUUUCCAGUUAGAGCCACUGCAAGGUGCUGCCCAGAUGAACCUCAGAGGAGACACACCCUCUGUACUGAUUUGUUUUGCAUCACUCUAAAGGAAUGGCUGAGGCUGGGCAAUUUAUAAAGAAAAGAGGUUUAUUUGGCUCACAGUUCUGCAGGCUAUACAAGAAGCAACAUGCCAGCAUCUGCUUCUGGUGAGGCCUUCCAAGAAGCUUUUGCUCAUGGCAGAAAGUGAAGGGGAGCCAAUGUGUCACAUGGCAAGAGAGGGACAAGGGAACGAGGAGGAGGUGCUGGGCUCUUGUUAACAGUCAGUUCCCAAGUGCAUGAAUCCAGCAAGAAUGCACUCAUUACUGCAGGGAGAGCUCCAAGGCCCUGUGACCCAGACACCUCCCAUGAGGCUCUACCUCCAACACUGGAGAUCAAACUUCAACAUGAGAUUUGGAGGGAACAAAUAUCCAAGCUAUGCUACCCUCCCAUUGGUAGAGUCGGGAAAGGGAAUUCAGACCCCAGCAAAUAACUGCAGUGUGAGGUGGGAUGUUGUAUGCACUGUGAGUAAAGCCCACUGUGGAGUGAAAGGGGGGCCCAGGCAGAGCCCAGGAAGUGAGGAUGGGCAUCAUGAAGGAGGCAGCCAGGCCGCACCUUGGUGGACAGUCAAAUUUUCACAUAGUGGAUCUGCCCAGGGAGUGAUAAGACAGCAUCCCCCAGCUCCGCCAGCUGACCCACCCUCACCCGCCCUUUGAGAUGGACAAUUGAUCUGUCCUACAAAAGGGACAUGUAAACACAGCUUCGAGACCCCUCAGAUCCCCAUCCCAGGCAGAUGACUGUCCCCAAGCCUCUCCUACAUAGACUUUCAGGAGUCACCACUGCCUCCAAAGGAAAACCUGAAUGAAGGCAGGGGUGCAGGAGAGUACAGGGCUCAGUGGAGGGAUAGUGAUUUAUCCUCCUGGCUGGGAGGAUCCCCACACUUUGGCAGCUGGAGAGGGUGGGGGCAGAUCAGGAAGUACUUGGCUUCCAGACCAAGGAUUCUGAACUUCAUCGGACAGGGUAUGAGGAACCAUGAAGCAGGUGAGCAGGUUUGGUCACAGUGGGAGUCUAGGAGAAUUGCUUUGUCCUGCAAAGGGGUGCAAUAUUCUGGAAGACAAGUAGCAGCCCAAGGUUCAAAGUAGCAGCCCAACCUUACAGACAGGUUCAGAGCCAGGCCUCUCCACUGAACAACAAGAACAAUUAUUAACUGCAAUUGGCCCAGUUUGCUGACUUGGGAAGUGAGCUUAUCUGCACCUCUCUCAUUUACUUAGGAAUUAGGAAUAUGUCUGAUGUAAGGCAGGUCUUCAACUUUGAAGGGAUCUUGCUGACAUGCAGAUUCAGACUUUAGAGGUUUGGGGUGCGGCCCAGAUUCUGUGGCUCCAAGCAUUUGGAUGUUUCUGUUAACAUUGGGUCCUGUUCUGUAGGCCCCACUGAGCAAAGAAACUGCAAAAACCCAGGCAGGCCCAGAGCCCAACCCAAAGCAGGAACUCAAUAAAUGGUUCCUUCUGUUAUUAGGAUUAUUUUAUCAUUCGGAGAAUAAAACUGCCUAAUAUUAAGACAGAGACUGUAAAAAAUGGAGAAAAAUAGCAAUUUUUUUUUUGAGACAAGGUCUUGCUCUGUCACCUAGACUGGACUACAGUGACUUGAACAUGGCUUUCUUCAGCCUCAAUCUUCUGGGCACAAGUGAUCCUCCUGCCUCAGCCUCCCAUAUAGCUGGGACUACAAGUGGACACCAUCAGUGUUUUUGGGGGGUAGAAAUGGAGUCUCAUUUUGUUGCCCAGACUGGUCUUGAACUCCUGGGCAUAGCAAUCUGCCUGCCUCAGCCUCCCAAAGUGCUGGGAUUACAGACAAGAACCACCACGCCCAGCCAGCAACAUUAUUUAAAUACAAGGGUAGGAAGAGUAAGAAAUACAGCUACCAUGGCCUUUAGGGAACAGAAUCCUCACUGAAUUCUGAAAAUGGAAAUCUCAGCACAAAUGCCUGUCUUCUAGGACUCCCCUCUAGCCACCCCCUCCAUCCCACCCUACCAUAGAAAAAGGUUUGGUUGACUUUCUAAUAUUGAUUACAUUUUAAAUAUGUAAAAAUGUAGAGCUCUUUUUUAAAACAUAUUGACUUGGCUGGGUGUGGUGGCUCAUGCCUGCAAUCCCAGCCCUUUGGGAGGCCAAGGCAGGUGGAUCACCUGAGGUCAGGAAUUUGAGACCAGCCUGGCCAACAUGGCGAAAUCCAAAAAUAAUAAAUAAAAAAAAUAACAAAAAUACAAAAAUUAGCUGGGUGCAGUGGCAGGCACCUGCUAUCCCAGCUACUCAGGAGACUGAGGCAGGAAAAUUGCUUGAACCUGGGAGGCAGAGGUUGCAGUGAGCCAAGACUGCACCAUUGCACUCCAGCCUGGACGACAGAGCAAGACUGUGUCUCAAAAAAUUAAUUGAUUAAUUAAUUAAAAUAAAACAUACUGACUUUAUAUCUCCAAAAAAUCUAAUGAAUAAUAAUCAAUUAUUAGGUUUCCAAAAAUUUAUUUUUCCCCAAAUUGCAGCUUAAAAAUAGCAACAUGAUUCCCACAGCGAUUCCCAGCGGUCUCCCCAAGCUACCUGAAAUUUGCCAUCAUGGAAGAAUUCUUUUUCAUUAUUUUCACCCCUAAGAAUUUUUAAAUUCAGAUGCUCUUGGGAAGAGUUGAUCCAUGAGGUUCCUUUGGAAUAAACCAUUCACUCAUUUGUUCAUUUAUUUUUAAUUUUUUUUACAUUUUAUUGUGGUAAAAAGCACAUAAUAUAAAAUUUUCCCUCUGAGCUAUUUUAAGUAUACAGUUCAGGAGUGUUAAGUAGGUUCACGUUGCUGUGUAAUAGUUCUCUAGAACUUUUUCAAAUUGAAAAGGAACUCUCUGUCCCCCCGCCCCCACCCCGGCCCUGGCAACCACAAGUCCACGAGUCCCAUAGUCUUGACUGCUCUAAAUACCUCAUCCUAAGUGGAGUCACACAACAUGUGUCCUUUUGUAAGCGGCUUCUUUCAUUCAGCACAGUGUCCUCAACACUCCUUCAUGUUGCAGCGUGCCACAGGAUUUCUUUCUUUUAUUUUUUUUGUGGAGUCAGGGUCUCACUCUGUCACCCAGGCUGAAGUGCAGUGUCAUGAACACAGCUCACUGCAGUCUUGACCUCCAGGGUUCAGCUGAUCCUCCUGCCUCAGCCUCCUAAGUAGCUGGGAUCACAGGCACACGCCACCAUAUCUGACUAAUUAAAAAAAAAAUUUUUUUUUUUCUAGAAACAGGGUCUCUCCAUGUUGGCCUAGCUGGUCUUGAACGCCUGGGCUCAGUUGAUCCUCCCACCUCAGCCUCCCAAAGUCCUGAGACUAUAAGCAUGAGCCCCCAUGCCCCAUACCUGGCCUCCUUCUUUCUUUCUUUCUUUUAUUUUUUUUUUGAGAUGGAGUCUUGCUCUCUCAUCCAGACUGGAGUGCAGUGAGGCAGUCUUAGCUCACUGCAACCUCAGCUUUCCAAGUUCAAGCAAUUCUUAUGCCUCAGCCUCCUGAGUAGCUGGGAUUACAGGCAUGUGCCACCAUAUCCAGCUAAUUUUUGUAUUUUUAGUAGAGACAGGGUUUCACCAUGUUGGUCAGGCUGGUCUUGAACUCCUGACCCAGUGAUCAGCCUGCCUCAGCCUCCCAAAGUGCCAGGAUUACAGGCGUGAGCCACUGCGCCCAGCCACUUCUUUCUUUUUAAAAGCUGAACAAUAUUCUGUUAUACAUACCACAUUUUGUGUAUCCAGUCAUCUGUCAGUGGACACUUUGACUGUUUCCACCUUGGUGAAGGUGAAGAAUGCUACAGUGAAUAUGGGUGUCCCAACAGCUCUUCCAACUCCUACUUUCAAUUCCUUCAGAUGUCUACGCAGAAGUGGGAUUGUCAGAUCAUACAGUAGUUCUUUUGAGGAACCUCUAUAUUAUUUUCCAUAGCAGCUGCACCAUUUUACCUUCCCACCAGCAAUACACAAGAGUGUCAAUUCCCCCACAUGCACAUCAACACUUACUAUUUUCUGGGUUUCUAUUAUUUUUCUUGACAUUUGCUGAUUCAUUUAACUAUCACUUUUGAAAAUCUGCCGCGGGGUGGAGCCCAGCGCUUGGGGCCAAGGAUCUAUCAACAAGACAGACUUGACUGGUGCCCUCCUUCUUGUGGUGCUCACAGCCAAGUAUAGGACAACUUGUCUCAAGGCUGCUGGAGAGACUUGGGCAUCUUAGAAGGCAUGGAGAGGAAGGGCUCCCAUUCUUGACCACAUCGUCUCUGCCUGUGUGCUGAAUGGGCACUGUCAUAUUUCCAGGGCAGGUGGCGAUUUGUGCACUGUGUAGCUUCCCUGGCCAUAGUGCUCAUCAGUGUUCCGCAGCAGUCAGGUAAUUUCUAUGAUGAGCGCUCCCUUAGUCCCACCCUGCCAAGUCAAUAUCAUAUGAACUAUGGCAACUGGACCAUCAACCAGUACUCUCAGUCAGCAUGGAUCAUGCCCAGCAGUCACACAGCAAUUAACUGAAUCUCCUCAGCUGGAAAGAAUCCUUCACUCUGCCCCUAACUUCUCAGGAACAUGGCAUCACAGCAGCAAGAGAAUGGGUAGGAAAUAAAGUGGCACUGGAAAUGAGUUCUGAGACACCUGGGUUCUAGUGGUCAUUGUGAUAUGCUGAACGUUGUACCUGAAUCAUGGAUAGCCAUGAUUCUGUGGGACAGAAAUGACUAGUGGGUUCUUUGGCUGUAUCUUCAUCAUCAGAUGAGAUGGAAUUCAUCCAUAGUUUUGUGGAAUUUAUUGCCAGCAAAUUGCUUUGUUAAAGCAAAAAAUAAAAUGCCCGACAAAAAUAUUAUUUCAA